UUUUGUGUGUAGUAUUGUACAAAGUCAUCCUGCCUCUUUUGUUAGUCUGUCUUGUUUCUACGAGCAAAUUUUCAAAACAACUAUUUUCAUUCGAUCUUACAGGCAUCAAAAUAAGGUUUUAGCGAGUGACAUAAAGGUAAAGUUGAAAUGACAUAUGUGUUUAAAUAGUUUAUCGGGGAAUAACUGCAUAUGAAGAGUAUCCUAUCUUUAUAACAAUGCCCACUUAUAACAAUCGUACAUAUUAAAGCAGUGCGCAAUGUUUUUUCAACUCUAUUUAGCAAAAAUACAGGAAUAGCAAAUAAUCACUAAAAAUUUGUUUUUGAGCCAAUGAACGGUUAUCAUUCGGUUAAAACCUAACGUUUACUUCCUAAUUUCCUCAUAUAACCACAGAUUUAAUCUACAAAAAAAACAUGUUGGGGUUAUAUAUAUGAGAACGUCGGAUAUCAUGUUCGACAUUUGUUGAUCGUCUUUUUGAAACAGAUUUCUUUUUUGUCCGAAAAAUGUCGGGACCCUUAGUGCGUGAUGAAGCGGCACAACAACUAACAGAAUAUGCAGCAAGUAAAGAGUAUGGUUCUAGAGGCAUCAUUACAAACACUGGCGGAAAUCCCAUUGCCAACCAUGAUUCGAGCGUUACGAUUGGGCUUCGGGGACCCACCCUUAUCGAAGAUUAUGCCAUGUUCGAUCAGUUGACUCAUUGGACUCACGAACGUAUAUCGGAAAGGGUUGUACACGCAAAGGGUAGUGGUGCAUUUGGCUAUUUCGAAUGCACCAACGAUAUCAGUCAAUACACAGUUGCAAGGAUUUUUACAAGCGUCGGUAAGAAGACGCCCUUAGCAGCUCGUUUCUCUACUGUUAUCUACGAAAGGGGUUCGCCCGACACGCGAAGAGAUCCGCGGGGCUUUGCGGUCAAAUAUUACACUGAGGAUGGCAUAUACGACAUGGUGGGCAACAACACCCCCAUAUUUUUCACAAGGGAUGUAACAGCCUUCAUCAGUUUUAUCAGAAGUCAAAAGCGUAAUCCUGUUACAUACCUGCCCGACUGGGAUCAAUACUGGGACUUCAUCUCCUUACGUCCCGAGUGUUUUCAUCAGACCAUUUACGAGCAUGGAGACAGAGGUACUCCGGAUGGGUUCAGACACAUGCAUGGGUUCAGUUCCCAUACUUAUAUGCUUAUCAAUGCUGACAGGCAGAUUACGUACUGCAAAUUUCACUACAGAACCAACCAAGGGGUGCGAAACUUGACAGCUCAAAGGGCUCUCCAACUGGAGGGACAAGAUCCAGAUUAUUCUAUCCGAGAUCUCUACAACGCCAUCCAUCGGGGCGAGUAUCCAUCAUGGAACCUCUACAUCCAGGUGUGUACUCCUCAACAAGCCGCGGAAUUACCUUUCAAUUUGUUUGACGUAUCCAAAGUUCUACCUCAAAAAGAUUUUCCUCUCAUCCCCGUCGGAAGGAUGACUUUGAACAGGAAUCCCUCCAACUAUAUCGCGGAGAUCGAGCAGCUUGCGUUCAAUCCGGCCCACUUUAUUCCAGGAAUCGCGGCUACACCUGACCGGAUGUUGCAGGCUCGGCUUAUAGCAUACGCAGAUACCCAAAGACACCGUCUUGGUGUGAACUAUCUUCAGUUGCCUGUGAAUGCGCCCCACUACGUCAAGAACUACAUGAGAGACGGGGGACAGGUGAUAAACAAUCAAAACGGCGCCCCUGUUUACCACCCGAACAGUUUUAACGGUCCGGAAGUGGACCCGAGAAUUGCUCAACUAUUUCCUGACAGACGACUCUGCGAUAAGAUCGUUCAGAUCGAUUCGAUAGUUGAGGAUAACUACCAGCAACCGGGGGUGCUUUAUAGGGAGGUGUUCAAUGAACAACAAAGGCAAACUUGUGCUAAUAAUAUCGCUUUUACUCUAAGACGGUGUACGGAACGUGUUAUCGAACGUACGAUUAUGGAACUUACGAAAAUUGAUGAUGAUCUUGGGCGGAGAGUUUCGAGAAUUGUUAAUCAAGCCGUUAAUCCAACAGCACAAGUUUAAAUUAUAUAGGAAACUGAUAACAAUGGACAAUAUAUAGCAUGAAAUAAAAAAUGUAAUGCUGCUAAAAUUUCCUAUUUUUUGACCUUCCUUUCUUGAAAUAUUGUGGAUCUAUAUUAGUUGAAAAAGUAGAAAAAAUUGAAAAUUUCUCAAAUACUCCUUGAGCGUCACUUUUUAGCGGUUUUUAUAAUAUUAUGAAAUAUGUAUUUAUCUUUUAUUUUUCCUAUAAUGUAAGUAACUUGGUUAAAUUAUGAUUCAAAAUACGAGAAUUUUAUUU